CUCUGUCGACCCUAUCUGGACCCUGCCUUUCCUCAAAAGACUUAUGGCAAAUGUUUCUUAAUCCUCUGGAGUAGCCAGCACUACAUUUAAAUAAGCUAUGUAGAUAGAAGACUAUUGGAUUGUAACUUAUUUUUUUCAGCUACAUUUGUAUAGAUGGAUUUUUUCUACCACAGAUGAUUUUUAUUAGUAAAUUUUUAAAUGUUUAUUUAUUCCCUUUUGUUGCCCUUGUUGCUUUUAUUGUUGUUAUUGAUGUCGUUCUUGGAUAGGACAGAGAGAAAUGGAGAGAGGAGGGGAAGACAGAGGGGGACAGAAAGAUAGACACCUGCAGACCUGCUUCACUGCCUAUCAAGCAACUCCCCAUCAGGGGUGGGGAGACUCGAACCAGGAUCCUCACGCUGGUCCUUGCGCCAUGUACUACACUACCGCCCAACUCCCAGUAAAAUUGUUUUUAUAACAUUUAAAAAUGAUUUUCUGUGACUUCAUUUUAAGUUAUUUCUUUUGGCAGAAUAUAAAGCUAAACAAUUCAACAGAUUCCCCUGGAACAUCUGGACAAUGUGACAGUUGGGAUGCAGUGAUGUCGACUCUCUGUCCACCACCAUCUCCAGCUGUUGCCAAGACUGAGAUUGCUUUAAGUGGUGAAUCACCUUUAUUAGCAGCUACCUUUGCUUACUGGGACAAUAUUCUUGGCCCUAGAGUAAGGCAUAUUUGGGCUCCCAAAACAGAACAGGUGCUUCUCAGCGAUGGAGAAAUAACUUUUCUUGCCAACCACACCCUAAAUGGAGAAAUCCUUCGAAAUGCAGAGAGUGGGGCUAUAGAUGUAAAAUUUUUUGUCUUGUCUGAAAAAGGAGUCAUUAUUGUUUCAUUAAUCUUCGAUGGUAACUGGAAUGGAGAUAGGAGUACAUAUGGACUAUCAAUUAUACUCCCACAGACAGAACUUAGCUUCUACCUCCCACUUCACAGAGUGUGUGUUGAUAGAUUAACACACAUAAUCCGAAAAGGAAGGAUAUGGAUGCAUAAGGAAAGGCAAGAAAAUGUCCAAAAGAUUGUCCUAGAAGGCACUGAGAGAAUGGAAGAUCAGGGUCAGAGUAUUAUUCCAAUGCUUACUGGAGAAGUAAUUCCUGUAAUGGAACUGCUUUCAUCUAUGAAAUCACACAGUGUUCCUGAAGAAAUAGAUAUAGCUGAUACAGUUCUGAAUGAUGAUGAUAUUGGUGACAGUUGUCACGAAGGCUUUCUUCUCAAUGCCAUUAGCUCACAUUUGCAAACCUGUGGCUGUUCUGUUGUAGUAGGUAGCAGUGCAGAGAAAGUAAAUAAGAUAGUAAAAACAUUAUGCCUUUUUCUGACUCCAGCAGAGAGAAAAUGUUCUAGAUUAUGUGAAGCAGAAUCUUCAUUUAAAUAUGAAUCAGGGCUCUUUGUACAAGGUCUGCUAAAGGAUUCAACUGGAAGCUUUGUGCUACCUUUCCGGCAAGUAAUGUAUGCUCCUUACCCCACCACACACAUAGAUGUGGAUGUCAACACGGUAAAGCAGAUGCCCCCCUGUCAUGAACAUAUUUAUAACCAGCGCCGAUACAUGAGAUCAGAGCUGACAGCAUUCUGGAGAGCCACUUCAGAAGAAGACAUGGCUCAGGAUACAAUCAUCUACACAGAUGAAAGCUUCACUCCUGAUUUAAACAUUUUUCAAGAUGUCUUACACAGAGACACUCUAGUAAAAGCCUUCCUGGACCAGGUCUUUCAUCUGAAACCUGGUUUAUCUCUCAGGAGUACUUUCCUUGCACAGUUUCUACUUGUCCUUCAUCGAAAAGCCUUGACGCUAAUAAAAUAUAUAGAAGAUGACACGCAGAAGGGGAAAAAGCCAUUUAAAUCUCUUCGGAAUUUGAAGAUAGACCUUGAUUUAACAGCAGAGGGCGAUCUUAACAUAAUAAUGGCCCUGGCGGAGAAAAUUAAGCCAGGCCUGCACUCAUUUAUCUUUGGGAGACCUUUCUAUACUAGCGUACAAGAACGAGAUGUUCUAAUGACUUUCUAAAUGUGUAACAAGUAUAUUUUGUCACAGUCAUAAUUGCUGCUAAAUAUAUAUGGGAAUCGUCACACCCUGUAGUCCCCCUCAGCAGUAACAGUUAAGGUUAGUUACACUACAGUUGUCACAAGAAGCCUGUAAUUAAAGGGAUGCCAGGUGUAUUCCUGCACUGGCUGAAUCUUUUCCUAGAUGUGCUCUCAUGGGAUUCAGACUUAUGUUUACAAUUAUAAUAACUAUAAUUGCUGUUUUUCAAAGAUAUAUUAAAAUAUAAAAUAGACCAUAACUACUGUUUUUCUGAAACAUACAAUUCAUAGUUUACAGGUAUUGAAGAGAAUUAUUAGCUUUCACAGGUAAAAUACUAGUUGACUUUAAAUCACUUGGUGUUCCCUUGGUAAAUGAUAUUACUGUAAUACUUUUAUAGUCUGCUGAAAAUUAAAGCACCUAAAUCAUUUCUGUUCAAUGGAAAGGAAGUUAGCUUGAAUAUAAACUAAGCUUUAGAAAGAAACUUAGUGAUCAUCAGGUGUUUCAUUGAAAUUAAUUAUAGAUCCUACUUUGUAGACUUGUAUGGAAAUGUCAAAAAGUAUAGUCCCAGUUACAGUGAACCACAACCAGAGUGGUGUUUGUUUAAUGACCUUUAAGAAAGGUAAAAGAAAAGAGAAGAAAAUUAAUUUACAUUUUUUGUACUUGUCGACAACUUUUAAAAUUUGUUUCAUUUCUUUUUAAGCCAAAUUGGAAUGUAUACCUCCUGUGCCUCUUUUUCCCCCAUGUCUUCUUCCUGCUUAUAUUUCUGCCCAUAUUUUAUUGUUAAAGUUGUUACUAUGCCUCUUUGUCUGCAACAUAUGAGGAAUAGCAAGAGAACCUUUACUGACAUGCUUUUUUACUGGGUGCUCCUUUGACAGAACUAAGUGGUCCAUUUCUUUUUUUUUUGUUUGUUUUAAAUGUGUUUGGACCAUAUUGCUAGCUAUAAAACAACUUACUAACAUCAUUCUUUGCUAGGAUAGGGUUGACACAGUGGUGUAUACAAGCAUAAAAAAUUAUUUUUAUUUAUGACUAUGAAAGUAACACAAAACGGAAAAAUAUUUAUAGGAAAGGGAUAAAAGUAAGAAAGCCCCUCUGCUUUUACAUACCAAAUUUAGCAAAAAAAAAAAAAAAAAGUUCUGUUCUAAAAGGUCAUAAUAGGCCUUCACAUCACUAAUGAAAAAGACAAACAUCUUGAUUUUUUUAUAUAUGUUGACCAAUGCUCUGUGCUCAGUCAUUGAAAAUAUUUAUAGACUGCCACCUCUUGUAUCAGUUUCUUAGUGCUUUUUACCUGAUGGAUUAUUUAAAUGCUAAUUAGUAAUUUUCUUUUGCUGGUUUAUUGUAUAGUUGUAUGCCAGUUGUACAGUGAAAUAAGUUAUUAAAGCAUGUUUAAACACUUAUAUAUCUCUUUUCUCCUAGAUGGAGAAUUUUGAAUAAAAUAUGUUUGAAAUUUUGUCUUUCAUUAUUUGCUCAGAAAAGUAGUCCCACAGUGUUGAAAGAUUAAUUGAAUUCUUGUUAGCUAAAUUCAAGUUGUAUCUGAACUAUUUCAGUUACUUUUCUCUUGAAACAUGUAUAAUGUCCAGGGGGAAAGCUCAGCUUGUAGAGCACAGGACUUGAAUACCUGAGGCUCCUGGUUUGAUCCCUGAUACUGCAUGUACUAGUGGUGCUCUUGGCUUCUCUCUGUCUUUCUCCUCUCUGUGUCAUGUAAAAUUCUAUAUAUCUCACAUGAAGUAAAUAAAAAUAUGUUUUUAAGAUUCUA